AUGUUUUUUAAUUCAGUGUAUCGAACCUGUGCGUUUCUGUCGAAUCGUGUACAUGUAGGGAAAACUGUUUUGCAACGUUCCCAAAAUCAUUUUAAAGGAAAUGUAGUACAGUGUACAAGAUAUGCUGGAAACAAAGCAUCCGGAAAAGAUAACUUAUUAGAGAAGUAUUAUAUUGCCAAGCAAGCAUAUGAAGCUGAACUUCCUCCUCCUGAUGUAAAUCCCUUUGGUGUAUUUGCAAACAAUGAAUUGGAUCUAUCAGAUAUCAGUGUAUAUGGCUUUGAUUAUGAUUACACCCUGGCUGUUUACAAAGAGUCUCUCCAUUACCUGAUAUAUGAUUUAGGAAGAGACUGGUUGAUUAAUAAAUUUAAAUAUCCUUCGGAAAUUCGGCAGCUGGAUUACCAGCCUGGGUUUGCGAUACGUGGACUCCAUUAUGAUAUGCAAAAGGGUGUUUUAAUGAAGAUUGAUUCUUUUCAUCAGAUACAGUUUGAAAGUGUAUACAGAGGAAUGACUCCUUUAAGCAAGGAAGAAGUUAUUUCUAUUUAUGGUGGUUCUUAUAUACCUCAAGAAAUGAUAAGAGGCUCUAGUACUGAAUUUACUAGAAUGAAGCAAUUAAAUGACUUGUUUUCUGUGCCAGAAAUAUGUCUUCUGUCUAAUGUCACCGAAUACUUUGAAUCAAAAAACAUUGCUUAUCAUCCUGAAAUUCUAUCUUAUGAUAUACAGAAUGCUGUUCAAAGUAUACAUCCUGUGAUGCACAAGAUGUUAGAUGAAAAUACAAUUGGUAUGUCUAUUUUUAUUUUGUUGUUAUGUUAUUGUUAAUUUGUAGUUAAUUUUAUUAACAAUACCUUUUUCUUUUCUUUUUUAAAAUAAUUAAUAUGCAUUUCCAAAAUCAGAUUUUGAAAAAUUGUUUUAUAUUUGGAAUGCACUGGAUUCACACUGUUGGACAUAAAAUAUAUUUAGUGUUUUUUGUACUGAAUGGCAUUUGAAUUUAAUAAGUGUUAAAGUUGAAAAAUACACUUCAUGUAAACAUGUGGUGCUGAAUGGCAAAACAUUUAAUGACAUUUCAGAAACUGUAGGAAAUUUAUUUGAGCUUCUAUCCAGAAUUCAGUCAAGGAUUUUUGUGGAAACUUA